AUGGCAGGGAACAGGUGCGGGGCGUGCGGGCAGGAGCUGGAGUCAGACAACCUACUGAGAAUCCAUCUGUAUCGCAAUGACACGUGCAGGGACACGCUGCUCGAGAGGCUCGAGAGUAGGGCGGUGGAGGCGUUGGCGGAGGCUUUGGCCGAGGUGAGAAAUAGCACGCAUCAUUCGGACAGUGAGUCAGUCCCGGGCAGCCCCCACUCCGCCGACUCGCUGUUCAGAUAUUUGAGAGAGUUUCCCGAGCACGCGGAUUUUGUGCGCGGGUACGUGUCGACGUCGGACGAUGGAUCUGUAUCCACAGUUGGCGACCUGUUCAACACUCUGAACGAGCUGUACAUGUUCUUCAAGGACGCUGAUUUGUCGGACAGAGAAAUAAAUAGAGUGUUGCACAUAUUCAACCACCCGGGAUACGAUCCUGCAGCGGUUCGGCGCUGGCAGAACGUCGCCGACGUGAGGCGGUUUGGGGAGGAACACGCGCCGGACGACAUGGUGCCGUGGCUCAAGGCAGAGAUUGAGGUGCGGGGCCCCGGAGGAAGGUCUCAGAUGCUGGAACUGCAGUACAAGGACACCAAGCUGGCGGAACUGCCGGAGGAGGAUUCUAUGGUGCUGGGUGUCAUCUCGUACAGCGACAACACUUACGCGUCGGGGAACGGACGCCUACAGGCAUGGCCAAUGUUGAUGGGUUUGGUCAAUGUCCCGGAGGAGUUACGGUGGCGUGAGCCUGGGCACGCGCUAGUGGGUGUGCUCCCUUUUCCGCCAGAGUGGGCAUCGGCGACGGAGAAGACGCGGGUGUAUCAGGAGGCGUAUCGCAUCGUGAUGGGUCCGCUGAUGCCACCAUCCAACGUGCAGAGCGUUCUGGAGCGCUGGAACUUCUUUGAGACGAAGUGGGGUAACGUCUUCCUGGCGGUUGUUGGCGACAUAUUGCAUGUGCUGGAUUCCGGGGUGCUGGUGCAUAUGGCCACCUGUUUCAUGGAGGGGAAGACGAAGGCCGAGAUUCGGGGGUUUGAUCACGGGGCGAAUUACGCGGCGUUCGAGUAUCGUGGCAUGAUGCAGGUUUUCCCUAUUGUCAUUUCCGACCUGUGUGUGGGGCGCUCUGCGGAGGAAAGGGACCAGAGGGAUAAGGAGGUUCGUGCCUUCCGCUACUAUGCGGUCUUCUACAAGUCCCUGCUGGCUGGCCCCGUGCGCGGAAGCAACUGGAAAGACAUACCAAGGAGGAUUGUCGAGGAGGAGACGCAACGCGAGAUCACUCGGGAGAUUGCAGCGCUGUCAGGAGGAGGGAGAACUUACUACACCGCCCUGCGAGAGGCUGUGUGCAGCAUGAAGCCCGCGCUGACCCGCACCAGCAAGGCCAUGUGUCUCAUGGCGGCAGACGAUCCACUGCGGAUGGUGUACAGGGAGACGGUGGGCAGCGAGUUUGACAACAUGGCGACACUCAUGGCCACGGAAGGCCUUCAGACUUCACUGGCCAUCCCUAGCACGAAAGGGGGGUACUUGGUUCCGAAGGCGAUGUUCGUGAAAGCAAGCCCGAAGGAGAACUGGUUCACCGACAUUGCAAUACCGGGAGAGAGGGAGGAGGAGGAGGAGGAGGAGGAGUGGUGGUAUGCGCGGUGUCUUUGUAUUUUCAGGGCGGUGAACUACAGCGGGGAGGAAGGUGCAUAUGUAUUCGUGAAGUAUUACGAGGAGGAGGGGGUGUGUCCCCAGACACUUUGCCCCCAACUGGUGCCGGGGCGGAAGGAGGCCACGCACGGGAUCAUUGAAGUUGCAUCGAUCGAGCGCAUUGUCCACGUGUGCAAGUCCUUUACUAAUCCUAGACCGCACCCCUCCUCUCUGCAUCUCAUUCCCCUGCAGCCGCACCCCUCCUCUCUGCAUCUCAUUCCCCUGCAGCCGCACCCCUCCUCUCUGCAUCUCAUUCCCCUGCAGCCGCACCCCUCCUCUCUGCAUCUCAUUCCCCUGCAGCUGCACCCCUCCUCUCUACAUCUCUUUUCCCUCUGA